GUCGGGAUAUCAGUCCGUGUCCGAGGUUUAAAGAGUUUUGUUUACAAAAUGGAUGAAUUUAAACCCUGUAAUCUGGAUUACUUUCCUGAAAACAUUUUAAUUGAUGUGUUGUCGUAUUUGAGCGUACGGGAGCUCGUCCGAGCCGGGAGAGUGUGUAAGAGAUGGAAACGUCUUGUUAAAGACCAAAGACUGUGGAGAAUUGUCGAUCUGACUGCAUGGAAAGGGGUGACAUCCCGCAUACUUUGGCUCCUGCUGCGUCAGUACCUUGGUUGUGGACUAAGGUGCCUACGGUUGCGUGGUUUGCUGCUUUCUGCCCGAGGGGGCACCUUCCUCUCUGAGUCUUGGCUCAAAUCCUUGUCCACUAAGUGCCCUCGCCUGACCAAGCUCUAUCUUCUACAUGCAGACUUGAGAGGCCUGCCCAGUUGCCAUCUGCUACCUGCAUCUUUGCAGGUGCUGGAGCUGCGUGGUUGUGAGCUGCCUCGAGAAUUUUUCAAUCAGGCUCCUACUUCCCAAGACAGAGCAGAAGCUACAUCAAGCGUUGGUGCUCAGCAGCAAAAAAGGAAUCAGAAAGGAAAAGGCCUUGCCUCUCCAUCAGGGAUUGGUAUUGGUAGGUUAGUCCUUAACAAUGUGCCCUCUUUCACGGACCAGCAUCUGCAGAGUCUGACAUCAUGGGAGAGGCUCAGUCGGUUGGAGCUGCGCGACACCUUUCGUGUGACAGCCAACGGGCUCAGGAGCUGUGCCGCCAAGGACGGUGUCUGUGGUGUGGAAGGCCUUUCCAGGCUCAAGUUUCUAGAAAUAGGCAUCACUGGGCGGCAAGGUUACCAGUUACAGAUGGCCUCCCUUGGUCUGGGGGCAGGAUGGCUCGGACUGGAGGAGCUGAGUCUGGGUGGUAAAGAGGUGGGGCCCGGCCUGCUCUGUGCCAGCCGUCUGAAGGACCUGAAGUGUCUGUGCCUGUGGGCCUGUACGCUCAGCGAGAUGCAGAUAGUCCGGAGCUGCAGGAUGCUCCGUGGGCUACGCAGGCUGGAGUUUUUGGAUGUAAUUUUCCAGCCUCGACAGUGUCCACCAGUAGUGGAAGGGGAGGGGGAGGGUGAGGGUGAAGGUGGUGGUGAUGGUGAUGUUGGUGGUGGUGAUGGUGGUGAUGGUGGUGAUGCUGCCAGAGAAGAGCAGGACAACCAGGAAGCUGAAGGUGGAGAUAACAGCAAUGAUGAAAACAAGCCGCUAGAUAUGAAUGAUCCCAUUCCAAGUUUGCGUCGCUCACUUGCUGUCCUGCUGCCGUCCUGCACACUAGUUUUCACCAACUGCUCUGUUCAGAUCAGUGCAGACUAGAUGAGGUCUCCUCUACUAAUGUAUACAAGUGGCCCAUCUGGAUCACUGUCCUUCACACUGGCAUCAGUGAUUUUAUCCAUGGUUAUGGAUUCAAUGAAUGAACUUAGUUUUUAUUAUUGUGCCAUGAAUAUAACUGUGCCCAGCCCACAUGGGCUGCAAGAUAUCACAAACUCAUUGUCAGCUCCAGUGUGCUGCUUAUACGUUUUAAAAUACAACUACAAAGAAUCAACCAAAUUCAUCAUGUUCAUCAUGUUCAAAACUUCAAGUCAACAAAAUUUAAAAAUCACUGGCCAAACAUCUACUGAAUAAUACUGGAGAAACCUAACUAAAUUGUCCAUCCAGCCUUCUUUUCCAGGAUUCUGAAACUAUCUUCCUCCUGAAAAUGUUGGAAUCCGACAACCUCAGCAUGCAGAGGAAGAACACCAGUUCUGUACCAUGCAACUCAAAAUCUUCGGCUUCCACAUACGUAAAAUAUUAAAUACAGUUCAGGGCCAUACUUUUGUGCAUACAUCUAUGCAUACAUACUGAUAUGUUUUUAGUUUUGAUUUAGAUGCAAUAUUUUUAAACCAGUUUCCUCAAACUUGAAUAAAAGCUUACUUUUAAUGGAGCUAUAUGUUGUGAUAUUGAACAUUUUUAAGGAAAAUCAACACAGACGUCUUUAAAAUAACCAGACAACCAUGCCGAACACCUGAAGGUGUUUCAUUGCCCUGAUCAAACGAUCAUCUUGCCACAAAGCAGUCUUGCUCUUUGAUCGUCAGCGACUCAUAUUGAAUUUAGAGAUAACACAUUAUAAAAAAAAGUUUUGAACAGUCUGAUGGUAAACAUAUUUAGAGCGUCUCACGGUAUAUAUCAUUUCAUUGUCCAAUCCUGCUGCUUGACUCUGUGUUUCGAGGUAAAUCAGUGGGCAGUCUCACUUUCAAACCGAUUGCUCACAUGGAACCAAAACUCAUUUUUUAGCAAAGUCUUUAAAAGUUACAAUAUAAAACAAAACAUGGAUUUGUCACAGCAAGAUUGUAAAGACAUAAGACUUAUAAAGACAUAAGCAGGUGUCAUCUACUAACUGAAGCAUACUGCUGGCAAUGAUCCACCUGUUUCCUGUUGCUUCUCUCCUUUUUUGACAAUGUUUACAUUCAGGAAACUAUAUCCGUUACAAGCAGGUGUUUGGUUUUGAAGAAGGAGCACAACACGUAUUUAAACAAAUCUUUAUCGUGUCCCAAUUGCUGGUUAUUACACCAUUUUUAGAAUUAAGAAAUGAUCAUUGUAAAUGUAAAUGUAUUUUUAUUGUGUUCAUGAGAAAAACAUGGAAGAACUGUGUCAUAGACGUGAAUUGCGUUGAAUUUAAACCAUUUUAAUUUCACCUUCUUUAAAAUGAUAAAUGAGCAAUUGUUUUGAAUAAAUCUACAUUGACUAAAGAA